ACCUCAGAUUAACCAGGAAGCUAUAAAUACAGGAAGUGAAACUACAUUUUCUCCUUUUGUUCCUGGAGGACAGGUAGGUAAGGAGAGUUCAAACUAAACCAACAGUUGAAAUCAAUACCAUGUUAACUUAACAAACUUUGUCGCAAUUGAUUUAAACCAAGAUGUUAUGUUAUAUAAUCUGUAAAAGUGCAAAACAUAAACAUAACAAACAAAAUGUUUGCCUAUUACAGAAUACAUAUGAGAUAUGGCUAAAUCAAAACAAGAAUGUUAACUAAGAAUAUGGACAAAUGGUGUUCUCACCCACUUUGUCACAGGACCAUUAUUCCAGCUAUACUGAUCACCGCUUUUCUGCUGAUGACUUGUUGCCAGGAUAGAGAACAUUUCUCCUGCUUACUGUCAAGCUCUUAAGGAAGACUAACUGAUUGUGCUUGCAUUUAUUCAUCCUGCUUGAUAAGUUAAACACAUUUUAAUCUGGGAGUUGGUCAAUAUGUAGCCAACUCCCUCACAAAUGCUGUUAAACUGGCUCUGACUUGUUCACACAGAGGCUGCCACUCUGUAUAUCAUCCUGGCUGAUUUAGGGAUUUAUUACUUUUGUUUGAUAGAACCAUACAGGUGGCUGCAUCAGAUUUCUCUGUAGCUUUGUAGUAAAUUUAUGUUCACUUUAGUUAUUGUUUAAUGAAUCUUCUUAAUAUUAAGUGAAAUGUUAAGUUGACUUACAGAAUAGACAUUAAUCUUUGAACUGGUUUUGAAUCGGGAUCGGUAAUGAGCAUUUUGGCUCUUACCACCCCAAACUUGUGUAGAUUUGUUUCAAAAAUGUAACACAGACUCAUUGCCUUUAUUUUACAUGGACCUAUCAAGCUAACUGAGUAGUUACAAUCUGUAGUCAUCCUGUUUUAUGUUUUAUGUUGAGACCUUGAGAAGGGACGUCAUGUCUCUGAUUAACAAAGCCAGGCUUUCUUUGUAUUAGCUGGCUUUGCUAGACCCAGUUCCACUUUAACCCAGCCUCUGUGGUACACACACUGAGCAUGCUCACAUAAUUUGACUCUUCCUCUGCACAAAAUGGAUUGAUUGAGCACCACCUACUCCAAUCAGACAUUAUCAUAGGAGCAGUCAAAAAUUAUUUAAAAAAUAUAUAUUUAACAGUACUUUUGCUGUUCUGCAAAAAAAAACCCAGAGUUAUGCUGGAGACCCUCGAUAACCUUGUGAUUUGAUGAUCACAAACACAAGCUAAAAAAAAUAAACUCGACACAUUGCCUCAGAUUCAUUGUUACUCUCCCACAGCCUAAUAAACGUGGAAAUUGCAACAGUUUGUCACUCAACGAAAGUGAAAUGAAUUGCACUGAAUGAUGGAUUUUCUCUAAUCUGUGUUCACAGUAAUGACAAGACUUGACAGCAGAUUAGGAAUAAUCAUAAAAUAUUUGUUUAGUUAAGGUAAAAAAAUAUAUAUAUAAAAUGUAUAAUAUAAAUUAACAUAAUAAAGACACUAAUGAGGUGAAGUGUAUUUCUGAGGUCAUUCAACAACCGAGGAGCCCUGACGGCAAAAGCUGGGUCGUCUGCUGUCUUUAAGUGUGAGGUGGGAACAGUGUAUCUGCCUGAGAAUAUGAAGCUACGUAUUGGUUGGGCCAUUAAAAGAAAAACCUAUUUUUCCAAUGAGCUUCCUGCUUGGACUCCAGGUUGACAGCACCUAGGGAACAUUUGUCUAAAGAAUGACAAAUAAGGCUACAAAGCAAACAGAGACUCUCUCAUCUCAGAUUGUCACUUGCAGUAGUGCUUGUCCUCCACCUGCUUCCUUCUUUUCAUUCUUGCCUCUUCUUUUCUUCUUUUUUUUUGCAUCAGUUUUAAUUUCCAUGCAUGCUUAAAAUCUGCAAACUGAGGAAAUUAAGAACAUUUAGGACAUUUCUGUGCACUAAAAAUAGCUUACUAUUCAUCUAUAAGAAUGCUGAAUGAGUUACCCAAAGAUUUACUCUUAGCUGUAAUAAAUAAGCUUUUCUCAUAUGUUUUAUUCACAUCAGUGUUUGCAACCAGGUUAAAUCACAUUUCCAUAAUAGAAAUGGUAAAUGUAAUCUCUAGCUGAUAGUACUGAAUGACAUGGUGCACAUGCACUCUUAACCAGAAAAAACCAAUAUAAUCAGAUUUAAAUUAAAGAUGAGCCCAACUAAAAUCAAACAUUGCCUCGACACCACUGUUUGUGAUGAUUUAGAGAGCUAACCCGUUAAUUAACAUUAAGUAAGAAAAAGAAAGAAAAAAUAAAAAUCAAUGAAGACAAUAAUUACAACCCAUUAAAUUUGUUUUUUAUGAUAUUUUUAAGGAAGGCAGAAAAAGAAACAGUAGCAUAGAGUGGAAGUUAAGAAAAAUCUAAGCUUUAAAUUCAAUAUCUAUCAUUUUUAUCUUGUUUAUUUUAACUUGUCCUGUUUUCUGUAUUGUAUACAAAUAAAGUAAAAAAAAUGUAAAAGCUGUGAAUUCAGUAAAAGAUAUUUAAAGGACUUCAGUAUCUUAGUUGCUCUCUUGCGGCAAAGGUACCCCCUGAAUGCAAUGCUGCAAAGUCAAUAACCUACCUCGUUUUGUUUUGUUUUUUAAUUAUGUUAGUAUCAGCCUAAAGCACUUACAAUCUUACAAGACACCAAAUGUUUUCAGUGCUUUUAUAAAGUUUCCGACAAUAAUCAUUACCUAUGUUAAACAUUUGUCUUCUGUAAUAAUGUGUGAGUAAUGAGUGCAUACUCAAACUUGAUAUUACUGCACAAGAGAAAUAACUCCACGUACGUCAUCGUCAUCAAUCUGAAAGACGAUGACGCGUGUGAGAGGAAGGGAGGCAGGUUGUUGAGUGAACUAGUGUCUAGGGCUAUAUAAGGUCCACUCCCAAAGAGGGAAGAAGAAAAGAACGCAAAGCAGACUGAUAGAAGCAGCUUUCCCAGUUUGAGAGUCUGCGAGAGCAUUUUCCUGACAGAGAAACAAGGAAACGAGCGGGACCUGCAGCACACCUCAGACCUGAGCCCAGCUGACUCCCACCUGUGCACCUCAAACCAGGCAGUUUAAUUUCAGGACAGGUGAGCAAUGCUCUGGAGACUGACUCUCGCCGUGGCUGUGGUGUGUGUCGGCAGCCUGUGCAGCUGUGAGAACGCUGAUGUGAUGAACAGACUGAUCGUACCGAGGGACUAUGGGGUGAAACUGUGUGGGAGAGAGUUCAUCAGAGCGGUCAUCUUCACCUGCGGUGGCUCCCGGUGGAGACGGUCCACGGAGGGGGACUUGGAUCUGUUCCAGUGGAGUUCCCUCCCUGAUGUUAAAGUGGAGGAGAGCCAGCACACCUGGCAACGUGGUGCAGACCUCGCAGAAAACCACUCUCCUCUUCACACUGCUUCCUCUUACUCCCUGGCAGACCUCCUGGCUCUUUACGGGUCCACAGGUGACAGACAGCAGCAGCAGCCGCUGAGUCUCCCGGCCCCUCUGGGGGACUCCCAGAUGUCUGCAGCUGCAGGUGAGCAAGACGGGACCCCGGGUUCAGCUGACUGGAUCCUACCAAGCAAGAAGAAGAGGAACUUUUCACUUGGCGUGGCAGGGAUGUGCUGUAACCAGGGCUGCACCAAGAAUGAUAUCGGACGCUUGUGCUGAGGCAGGAAGCAGGGUGGGUGGGUGCUGGCACGGGGCUCGUUCAUGGAGCCAUUAUGAUGAGCAGUAAUGGACAGUGUACAGAAAACGUCUGGUGUUGAUUAAGCUGUUCCCACUCAUGCUGUAUUGUACAAGAAAAACAUUCCCCCAGCUUCACGUCUUCUUCAUUCUCCUCUCCUUUGAUAUUUUGUUUAACCCAUCUGUACGUAUAUGUCGUUAUCUUUGUCAAUAAAUUUUAAAUACUGUAAUAUAUGACAUAUUGAGCAACAUCAGAUUUUUUCUGUCUAUAUUUUGGCCUGUCGACUCUCAGACCACAUUCAUGAAAUGCAUUCAUACUAACACUGGACAGUAUUGUACAUUAAUGUCAUUUAGGCUGCCGUGAACUUAUUGCUGGCCUUGUUCACAGCAUUAAACCACCCUGAUGAUUUUCUCUAAACAGCCCGAGGAUAAUACUCCACAGGAGCAGGGUUUUUGUCCUUUUAACACUGUUGCACCCACCUAAACCCAUUCAGCCUCAAUAAAAUAAACAUAAAAAUAUCUCAAAUCUUGCUGGCAAUCAUGGAGUUUACACAUUAAUUUCACAUUAAAAAACACUCUUAGAUGGAGCUAUGGCUGCUGUAUGACUUGUCUACUAAAAAAGCACAAACACCUUACAUAUAUAAACUUCACAUCUUCAGAUAUUUACAUGUAAACCAGCAGAGCAUAGUUUAAAUGGCAGCCUGUCUGAAACAAACUACAAUUAAAAACAAAUAAGGAAAAAGAAACAUCAGUUGAAUUUUUUUGAGCUUUUUACGAAAAUCUUUGGAUACAAAAUGAUACAAACUUCACAGAAGAAUCAUAUUUGAUAUACAUACAUCACAACAAUACUGGUAUGGAAAAAAGAUGACUCCCAAACAUUUUGCAAUUUAAAAAAAAACAGAAUAACCUGACAAUCGUCAAGUAUCAUGAAAGAAAUAUUCAGGGGGCCUAUAGGGAGGUUAAAACACAGGAGAACACACACAUUUAAAGUGUACACUGUCUCAUUGCUAAUAAUACAUUUAUUUGAGUUUCACACCAGAAAACGACUUGAAAAGAGAGCAUUUGGGAUUAGAAACGAAGAGAAAACA